GAUGCCGGCCACCCAGAAGCCGAUGCGGUACGGACACACGGAGGGACACACGGACGUCUGUUUUGACGAUUCUGGGAGUUUUAUUGUGACUUGUGGAAGUGAUGGUGAUGUGAGGAUUUGGGAAGACUUGGACGAUGAUGAUCCUAAGUUCAUUAAUGUUGGAGAAAAGGCAUAUUCAUGUGCUUUGAAGAAUGGAAAAUUGGUCACAGCAGUUUCUAAUAAUACUAUUCAAGUCCACACAUUUCCUGAAGGAGUUCCAGAUGGUAUAUUGACUCGCUUCACUACAAAUGCAAACCAUGUGGUCUUUAAUGGGGAUGGUACUAAGAUUGCUGCUGGAUCUAGUGAUUUUCUAGUCAAAAUUGUGGAUGUGAUGGAUAGCAGCCAACAGAAAGCAUUUCGAGGACAUGAUGCCCCGGUUUUAAGUCUUUCUUUUGAUCCUGAGGAUGUCUUUCUGGCAUCUGCUAGUUGUGAUGGAUCUGUCAGAGUGUGGCAAAUUUCAGAUCAGACAUGUGCAAUUAGUUGGCCACUGCUACAAAAAUGCAACGAUGUAAUAAAUGCAAAAUCAAUUUGCAGACUUGCCUGGCAGCCAAAAAAUGGAAAGUUACUGGCUAUUCCUGUGGAAAAAUCUGUUAAGCUAUAUAAGAGAGAAACUUGGAGCCAUCAGUUUGACCUUUCAGAUAAUUUCAUCUCUCAGACCCUGAAUAUAGUAACCUGGUCUCCCUGUGGGCAAUAUUUAGCUGCAGGUAGUGUUAAUGGUUUAAUUGUAGUUUGGAAUGUGAAAACCAAAGACUGCAUGGAAAGGGUGAAACAUGAGAAAGGUUAUGCAAUCUGUGGUCUGGCAUGGCAUCCUACUCGUGGUCAAAUAUCUUACACUGAUGCAGAAGGAAAUUUGGGGCUUCUGGAGAAUGUGUGUGACCCCAUUAGAAGAACAUCAAACAGUAAGAUAUCUAACAGAGUGGAAAAGGAUUACAAUGACCUUUUUGAUGGAGAUGAUACAAGUAAUGCUGGUGAUUUUCUAAAUGACAAUGCAGUUGAGAUUCCCUCUUUUUCAAAAGGAUUUAUAAACGAUGAUGAGGAUGAUGAUGACCUCAUGAUGGCUUCAGGUCAUCCUAGACAGCGAAGUCACAUCCUAGAAGAUGAUGAAAACUCAGUUGAUGUUACAAUGCUAAAAACUGGUUCUGCUCUUCUCAAAGAGGAAGAGGAAGAUGAUCAGGAAGGCACCAUUCACAACCUACCACUUGUAACAUCCCAAAGACCCUUUUGUAAUGGGCCCAUGCCAACUCCCCAGCAAAAGCCAUUUCAGUCAGGUUCUACACCCUUGCGUCUUACUCACAGAUUCAUGGUGUGGAACUCUAUUGGAAUUAUUCGCUGCUAUAAUGAUGAGCAAGACAGUGCUGUUGAUGUGGAGUUCCACGACACCUCCAUGCACCAUGCAACACACUUGGCAAACACUUGGAAUUACACCAUAGCAGAUCUUUCCCACGAAGCUAUUUUGUUGGCAUGUGAAAGCACUGAUGAACUAGCAAGCAAGCUUCAUUGCCUGCACUUCAGUUCUUGGGAUUCAAGCAAAGAGUGGGUAAUAGACAUGCCUCAGAGUGAGGAUAUCGAGGCCAUAUGUCUUGGUCAAGGUUGGGCUGCUGCUGCCACUAGUGCCUUGCUCCUUCGAUUGUUUACUAUCGGGGGUGUCCAGAAAGAGGUCUUCAGCCUUCCUGGGCCAGUGGUGUCAGUGACCGGACAUGGAGAGCAACUUUUCAUUGUUUAUCACAGAGGUACAGGAUUUGAUGGGGAUCAGUGCCUUGGAGUUCAACUGCUAGAGCUGGGAAAAAAGAAAAAACAAAUUUUGCAUGGUGACCCUCUUCCUCUUACCAGGAAAUCCUAUCUUGCAUGGAUUGGAUUUUCAGCUGAAGGUACCCCCUGUUACGUGGAUUCAGAAGGCAUUGUUCGAAUGCUUAACAGAGGGCUUGGUAAUACAUGGACUCCCAUAUGUAACACAAGAGAGCACUGCAAAGGAAAAUCUGAUCAUUACUGGGUGGUUGGUAUCCAUGAAAAUCCGCAGCAGCUAAGAUGCAUUCCUUGUAAAGGUUCUCGGUUUCCUCCCACCCUCCCACGCCCUGCUGUAGCCGUGUUAUCCUUUAAGCUUCCUUACUGUCAGAUUGCAACAGAGAAAGGACAAAUGGAGGAGCAGUUUUGGCGAUCAGUUAUGUUUCACAACCACCUUGAUUACUUAGCUAAACAUGGUUAUGAAUAUGAAGAGAGCAUUAAAAAUCAAGCAAUAAAAGAGCAACAGGAACUUUUAAUGAAAAUGCUUGCGCUUUCUUGUAAACUGGAGCGGGAAUUCCGUUGUGUGGAACUUGCUGGUUUAAUGACUCAAAAUGCUGUGAAUUUAGCUAUUAAAUAUGCUUCUCGCUCUCGGAAAUUAAUAUUGGCUCAAAGACUUAGUGAAUUGGCUGUAGAGAAGGCAACUGAAUUGACAGCAUCCCAGGUGCGAGAGGAAGAAGAAGAACAAGAUUUCAGAAAAAAGCUGAAUGCUGGGUACAGUAAGACUGCUACAGAGUGGAGCAGACCAAGGCUUAGAAAUCAAGUUGAAGAAGAUGCCGAGGACAGUGGAGAAGCUGAUGAUGUGGAAGAAAAACCAGAAGUGCACGAUCAUGGACAGAACUCAUUUUCCAAAAGUGCAAAUUCCUCUGAGGUUUCAGCUAAGUCAGGUGCAGUUGCCUUUAGCAGCCAAGGACGAGUAAAUCCCUUCAAGGUAUCAGCCAACUCCAAAGAACCAGCCAUGUCAAUGAAUUCAGCACGUUCAACUAAUAUUUUAGACAAUAUGAGCAAAUCAUCCAAGAAACCCACUGCACUUACUCGAACUACAAAUAAUGAAAGAUCUCCAGUUAUAAAGCCUCUGAUUCCAAAGCCAAAGUCUAAGCAGGCAUCUGCAGCAUCCUAUUUCCAGAAAAGAACUUCUCAAGCGGAUAAGACUGAGGAAGCAAAAGAUGAAAACCCUCAAAACUCAUUAUCUGAAAUUCCAAAAGUGGCAGAAGAAAAUCCUGAAAAUGUGUCUUCUGAAACCCCAACUAUGUGUCCCCAAAGCACUGAAAACCAAAGGCCAAAGACUGGGUUCCAGAUGUGGCUAGAAGAAAACAGAAGUAAUAUUUUGUCUGACAAUCCUGACCUUUCAGAUGCAGCAGACAUAAUAAAAGAGGGAAUGAUUCGAUUUAAGGUACUGUCAACCGAAGAAAGGAAGGCAUGGGCUAACAAAGCCAGGGGAGAGCCUACUCACGAGGGAGCCAAAGCAAAGAAGCGAAAACGCGAGGUGGAUGAAAGCCACAGAGCAGAAGACCAGAGGGCACCAGCAGAGGGCAACCAGAACCUGCCUGAAAAGCAAACACCUUUGGCUCUUUCCACAAAUCAGAGACUGUCAGCUUUCGCAUUUAAGCAGGAGUAAAGGAAGAAAGUGACCCUAGAAAAGUAAUGAAUUUUUUUGCUUUUCUUUGCUGAAUCUGGACUUUAAAAAAUCUAUAGGAGACUCAUAUUAUAUAUAUUUUAAAGAGUUAAGGCAACUCUUGUCUUUCUAAGAUAAUGUAGUAAUUAUAUUGGUAUAGGAAACAGGCAUGUGUAAAACUAUCACCUUUGCAGAUCGCUCUGUGAUUGUGAUUACUGAGUGAAGACCACCGCUGUGUCCCGGUGGAAGUCAGUUUGAUUUUAUUUCUUACCUUCAAAAAUCAUCAAAGCCAAGGUCUUAAAGUCUCUGUGUAUUGAUAGCUUCUGGGGGUUUCCUCGUGUGAUUUUUGUCCUGUACAAGAAAGUACCACAAGAGUCUGCUUCCCAAAUGUGUUACCGUAGACUGCCAUCCAUGUCUGUGCUAGACCUUGGGGACCAUGCUUUUAAAUGUAGACCUUAGACAUGUAAAUACACUUGUAGAAGAGACUUUUUCUUUUGUGUGUUUUAGAAAUUUCUUCCUGUAUGGCUUCCAGUUGUGUUGAUACAGUCUGGUUUUUUGUUUUUUGGAUAAAUUAAAACUUUCUUAUUUCUGUA